AUGGCUCUCGCAACGGUGUUUCGCCCGGCGCUGCGCUCGACGGGGAUGCUAAAGUCUGCCGCGAGGCCGUCUCUGUCCUCACGCCUUCCCGGCCGACGACCCCUCAUCGCACCCUUUGCGCCAGUCCACACGACCUCCCCCAAGCCCCAAGAGGCUGCAGCCCUUCGUGAGGAUCCGGACGUCGUCGUACGACAGGCCGCCGUCCCCCGGUCUACAGCACCAUCCGUUGAUGACCUUAACCGCUCCCUGGACCUCCUCUCCAGCUCGUCAAAUGACCUGACCCGGCGGGUAGAAGAGUCGCUCGACGCUCUGCGGCACCCACUGCGCUACGAGUCCCCGAAAGACACCCCCCAUCUGCUCCACGUCACUGACGCGACCACAAACCGUCCUCGCGCCGUCCUCGACGCCGCCUGGCUCCGAGACCGCUGCCCCUGCCCGCUCUGCGUCAGCCCCUCCUCCGGUAACAAAGCCUUCGCCACCACCGAGAUCCCCAGCGACGUCGCCUUCGACCACGUCCAGCAGUCGGCGGACGGCGCCCUCCAGGUCCGCUGGGCGAACGACAUCCCACGCGCCGCAGCCGCCGAGCACGUCUCCGUCUUCCCCGCCGCCGGGGCGGACUCCAUCCGCGCCAUGACGCUCGAGAAGCCCGUCCUCUUCGCCCGCCACACCUGGGCCGCCGACCACACCCCAAAACUCGCCUGGACGAGCGCGAACCUCGCCCCUGAGCUCUUGCGGGUCGACUACGCCGACUUCCUCGCCGGCGGCCCCUCUUUCCGCGACGCUGCCCUCUCGCUGUCCCGCAUCGGGCUGCUCUUCCUCACCAACGUGCCGAAGUCCGAGACGGCCGUUGCCGACAUCGCCCUCCGCUUCGGCGCCGUCAAGGAGACCUUCUAUGGUCGCACCUGGGACGUCAUCUCCAAGCCGGACGCCGAGAACGUCGCCUACACAUCGGCCUACCUCGGCCUGCACUCCGACAUGCUCUACCUUGAGUCCCCGCCCCGCAUCCAGCUGCUGCACUGCCUCGAGAACUCUUGCUCCGGCGGCGAGUCCAUCUUCAGCGACGCCUUCCACGCCAGCAGCUACCUCCUGCGCCACGCCCCCGACCACUACAGGCAACUUUGCGAUACCAAGGUCCCAUACCACUACAACCGGAACGGCUUCUUCUACCGCCAAGCGCGGCCAGUCAUCAGCCACUCGGAGCACCACCACCUGCGCGAGGUCUGGUGGUCGCCGCCCUUCCAGGCCCCUUUCCCGCUCAACGACACCCCGGAGCAGGCGGCCGCGUGGAGCGGGUGGCUCGCGGCCGCGCGCGCGUUCCAGGACGUCCUCGAGGCCCCGGACAACGUGUUCCAGUACAAGCUGCGGCCGGGCGAGUGCGUCAUCUUCGACAACCGCCGCGUGCUGCACGGGCGCCGCGCCUUCGACACAGGCAGCGGCCGCCGCUGGCUCAAGGGGACCUACGUGGCGGACGAGGACUUCAAGAGCAUCCUGCGGGGCAUUUCCCGCGUGGAAUAG